UGAGGGAGUGGGCGGGGCUUGGCUCCACUACUGCCCGUCACUCCCUCAUUGCUUUGAGGCGGUGGCGAGGAGACGCACCUGCACGUCGUUUCUCCCUCAGGCUGCUUAAUCAAAGAAGACGGCAGUUGUCAACAUGGGCUCUGUUUGGGAAUGUGGUUAGUCAAUCGCUGUCAUGAUCUAACACCACAUGAAUGAUAAUAUGAAACAAAGAGCCAAGAUGAAGUACCUUACUUUUGGGAGCACAAGCAUUCUGUUGGACAAUGUUAAAUUCUAACAAUGCUAAGAGUUGCUCUAUCUCUGAAGGACCUUAGGAUGAGAACUUGAAAUGCAAGUACAAAUAUCUAGCAGUGUUCACAAAAUCUCAUGAUCACUGCAGAAGAAUGGCAGCAAACUGGGUGAUGCAGUUCAUUUGGCCUUUGGCUGUUCUCGUCGGAUGCACCAGUGGCCACAGCUUGUUUUCGUGUGAACCGAUAAUCUUGAGGAUGUGCCAGGAUCUACCUUACAAUAGCACAUUUAUGCCUAACCUGUUGAACCAUUAUGACCAGCAAACAGCAGCACUAGCAAUGGAGCCAUUCCACCCAAUGGUGAACCUUGAAUGUUCCCGGGAGUUUCGACCGUUCCUGUGUGCUCUCUAUGCGCCGGUCUGCAUGGAGUAUGGCAGAGUCACCCUUCCCUGCCGCAGGAUUUGCCAGAGAGCCUACAAUGACUGUUCAAAACUCAUGGAGAUGUUUGGUGUGUCCUGGCCAGAAGAUAUGGAAUGCAGCAAGUUCCCAGAUUGUGAUGAGCCUUACCCUCGCCUGGUAGAUCUCAAUGUGGUCGGGGAAUCCACCGAAGAAGCUCCAGUGGCAGUGCAAAGAGACUAUGGUUUUUGGUGCCCCCGAGAGCUGAAAAUAGACCCGGACCUGGGCUACACCUUCCUCCGGGUCCGAGACUGCUCCCCUCCUUGUCCAAACAUGUAUUUUCGGCGCGAGGAGCUCGCCUUUGCGAGAUACUUCAUUGGCGUCAUCUCCAUCGUCUGCCUCUCAGCCACCUUGUUUACCUUUUUGACAUUCCUGAUUGAUGUCACGAGAUUUCGCUACCCAGAGAGGCCCAUCAUCUUCUACGCCGUCUGUUACAUGAUGGUCUCGCUCAUCUUCUUCAUAGGCUUCCUGCUGGAGGACCGGGUGGCCUGCAAUGCCUCCAGCCCCACCACCUACAAGGCCUCCACUGUCACCCAGGGCUCCCACAACAAGGCCUGCACCAUGCUUUUCAUGGUGCUGUACUUCUUCACUAUGGCCGGCAGCGUCUGGUGGGUGAUCCUCACCAUCACCUGGUUCUUGGCCGCUGUCCCCAAGUGGGGUAGUGAGGCCAUUGAGAAGAAGGCCUUGCUUUUCCACACCAGCGCCUGGGGUAUCCCUGGCACCCUCACCAUCAUUCUUCUGGCUAUGAACAAAAUUGAGGGGGACAACAUCAGCGGGGUUUGCUUUGUGGGCCUCUACGACGUGGACGCCCUGAGAUACUUUGUCCUGGCCCCGCUCUGCCUCUAUGUCGUGGUGGGCGUCUCGCUGCUCCUUGCCGGCAUCAUCUCCCUAAAUCGGGUCCGGAUCGAAAUCCCUCUGGAGAAGGAGAACCAGGACAAACUGGUGAAGUUCAUGAUCCGGAUUGGCGUCUUCAGCGUCCUCUACCUAGUGCCCCUCUUGGUUGUCAUCGGCUGCUAUUUCUACGAACAGGCUUACCGGGGCGUGUGGGAGACGACGUGGAUCCAAGAACGGUGCAAGGAGUAUCACAUCCCCUGCCCUUACCAGGUCACUCAGAUGAGUCGACCAGACUUGAUCCUGUUCCUGAUGAAAUAUCUCAUGGCUCUCAUUGUGGGGAUCCCAUCCGUCUUCUGGGUCGGAAGCAAAAAGACCUGCUUUGAGUGGGCCAGCUUCUUCCAUGGACGCAGGAAAAAAGAUGUUGUGAACGAGAGCCGGCAAGUCCUUCAGGAGCCUGACUUUGCCCAGUCGCUCUUGAGGGAUCCCAACACGCCCAUCAUCCGCAAAUCCCGGGGCACGUCCACCCAAGGGACCUCAACCCACGCUUCCUCGACCCAGCUGGCCAUGAUGGACGACCAACGGAGCAAAGCGGGCAGUGUCCACAGCAAAGUCAGCAGCUACCACGGCAGCCUGCACCGGUCACGGGAUGGCAGGUAUACCCCCUGCAGUUACCGAGGGAUCGAAGACCGGCUACCUCACGGCAGCAUGUCCCGGCUGACAGACCACUCCCGCCACAGCAGCUCCCACCGCCUCAACGACCAGUCGCGCCACGGCAGCGCCAGGGACCUCAGCGGCAACCCCACCACCCACAUCACACACGGCACCAGCAUGAACCGGGUGAUCGAAGAGGACGGCACCAGCGCUUGAUCCACACCUCUGGUCUCUUCCUCCUCCUUCCCGAUUUUAAAGGAGCGGUGCUCGUUUUGUGUGCAAACCACAGAGCUCCGCGUUCUCCCUCUUUAUCAGGUAUUAACUCUGUACAACGGAACUUGGAUGCUGCCUUGUUUUUUUCCUCCAUUAGCCAGCAGUUUCUCAGAGAAAUUACGUCUCAGUCGAGAUGCUUCGCGAUCAAGUCUGCAAGCUGACUGCUGACGGUACUACAUUAUGGACUCUUCGAGAUGACUUUAUUUAUUUGGCAGUGUUUACCCCCAUUCCUCCUUUAUUGCUUGAGAAAAAAAUUGAAUUUCUUAGGUUAUUAUUUUUCAAAUAGUUCUGUAUACGUUGACCUCAUGCAUAAGUCGAGGACAGAUUUGGAGGCCAACAUGAUGGAUUUUGAUAGGAGCCGUGGAUAAGAGCAUUCCAUGAAGAAGGGAAAGCACCUGUGCCAUCUCAUGGGGCUAUAUGCCAUUUACCUGCCCAGGUAUUUAAAAAGGCCAGAAGUGGCACUAUGGCAGAGAGAGCAGAGGGGUCGGUGCUUCUUUUAGAUUCUCCCAGGAAGGACUAAGUUCUCACCUUUUGCCGUUCUACUCAAAGAAGGUGGUGAUUCCUUUCUUGAUAAGAGUCAAGGUACAUUAUUUACAUUGACCCAGGGAUAAGUUGCCCUGGGUUUAAGAACAUUUCUACACUUAUUCAGGGGUAUACAAGUAAUAUCCCUAUGCUUCUAUAAAAAGCAUACCAUACAAAAUCUAUCAAAGCAGAAAACUGGCUUUUGUUUUGGGAAAGGAAAAAAAUCCUGUUUUCCCUCUUUGUCUCAGAUUAGGUAAUCAACUAGUUACUCUUUCCCCUGCAGCACAGAGGAUGGGCUGCAUAUCUUUCUUUUCUUUGGAAAAUCUAUACAAAGGACGUCUGUAAGGAAUCAGCGGGAGAUUUUAAGUAGUAGUUCCACUGGAAAGGCAACAAGCUGAAAGUUAAUGAGGAAAGGGGCGCCGCGGAAGAGUGUUGGUUUUGUAAUUGAAAUCUCUAGUCUUGGUU